UCUUCAUUUAUAGAAAGAAAACAAACAUUCAGUUAUGAACAGAAGUGACCCAAAUUUACCCACAUCAAAAAGCGACGAAGACGAUAAACCUGUAACAAACCUCAACUGCUCUGGAAGCUCCUUAAAUUCAAAUCUCUCAGCAAGAAAUUUGGAAUAUCCAUGCACUCCUAUGGAUAUAGUUCAUCGAGGUCAUUCGGGAACCCCAUUGGACUUUAUUACAAACUUCAGUCCUUGUGCUGGAAUUCUUUCAUCAUAUGUGUUAUCACCAACUUUCUUUCACUACAAUGACUCAGACCUGGAAGCAGAAAUAGACCAACCGAAGUGGCAGGAAAAUGUUGGCAUGGAGGAGUUGCGUCUUAUGGAACCAAAGGAAAAGAAACGACAGGAUGUGAUAAAUGAACUGUUCCAUACUGAACAAACUCAUGUUCGAAACCUCAAGGUGCUCGACAGGUUGUUCUUUCGACCUCUAAUGCAAGAACAGCUACUUCCUAUAGAUCUGCUUCAACUCUUAUUUCCCAACCUGGAAGAAAUGUUGGAAAUACAUACUGGCUUCAACAAAUUGAUGAAAACUCGGCAUCAAGAAGAGCCAGUAAUUGGUGAUAUUGGAGAAAUGGUGUUACAAAUGUUUGAUGGCUCUUCCGGAGAAAGACUAAAGAAAGCAGCUUCUAUGUUUUGUAGUAAGCAAUCGAUAGCUUUAGAAAGGUUAAAGGUGAAGCAACAUAAGGAAGAAAAACUGGCCCAGUUUCUGGCUCUGGUAUAUGUGGAUGCCACUGACUAUUGCAUUCAUUGUAUACAAGAUGCCCAACCUUACUACCACUUGGGUACUGUUAUUGCAGGUCUAUUUCAAAUACAAAUGUACUUACUUACAGCCAACACGGAGGAAUACUCCAAUCUUCUUCGAGCCGUAGACUGCACGAAACAGAUUCUUGCACAUGUGAAUCAAGCAGUAAAAGAGGCUGAAAACUAUCACAAGCUUUGUGAGCUCCAACAUAAAAUGGAUCAAACUGCCUUUGAAAAAGUGGAUUCUUUCAUGACUCAAAACUACAAAUAUCUUGAUCUUACCAAGCACAAGUUAGUUCAUGAAGGACUCCUGACUUGGCGCUUGUCGAAAAGGUCACUGGAUAUCCAUGUUGUUCUAUUUGAAGAUAUAUUGGUACUGCUCCAAAGACAAGAUGACAAACUGUUGCUGAAAUAUCACAAUUCUCACUUGACGUCGGACACUAAAGUAAUCCAUAGUCCCAUACUGAGAGUGCAGAAUCUUUUCACUAGAAAUGUUGCUACAGGUGAGGGAUCAAUCUUUACUUUUAUUUAA